AUGUCGUCCGCGCCAGGCUCCUCCCGCGGACCUCCAGGCCCUCCCCCCGGCGGACCAGCGAUGGUCCCUCCCGGUCCUCCUGCUAAUGGUCCCGGCUUUCCAGGCAUGCUUCCUCCGAUGGGACUGCCUAACUUUCCCCCGCCUCUCCCUCCUAACUGGAGCGAGCAUCGCGCUCCGGACGGCGUCACGCCUUACUACUACAAUUCGGUGACGAAGCAGUCGACAUACGCGCGCCCUACGCUUGCCCCACCCGUUGUCUCCGCUCCUCCAGUCAAGGAGAAGAAGAAGAAGAAGGAGAAGCCCAAGGAAAAGGUUCCUAUUCCCGGCACCGGGUGGAUGCGCAUCACGACCAAUGAAGGCAACACCUUCUACUUUGAGAAGGAGAACAAACGAUCCGAGUGGACGGUACCCGAGGAGAUUGCGGAAGCCGUGGCUGCCCUUGAGGCAUCCGAGGCGGAGGAGCGCAAAAGGAAGGCAGAGGAGGCGCGCCUCGAGAGAUUGAGGGAGCAAGAGCGCGUGCGCGCCGAAAUUGCGGAGGAGCGCAAGCGCAAGGCCGAGGAAAAGAAGCGCAAGGCCCAGCCUGCAGAGGGACCUGCAGCCAAGAAGGCGAAGCCUGACGAGGAGAGCGGCGUGGUCGACGACGACGGAGCACCCGAGGUGGAGGACGAGGAGGAAUGGAAACGCGCCGUCGCCGCCGAGUUUGACACCCAGGACCGGCAGAAGGCGGCUGCGGCCGCAAGGGAGGAGGGUGAGGCCGAGAAGGGCGCCGAGGAGGCCGCGAAAAAGGUGUUUGCCGUCCCGGAGAAAGUGCAGGUAUCGGCUGAGGAAGGACGCGCUCUAUUCAAGGAGAUCUCACCGUUUGCGCCGUGGGAUCAGGCGCUACCGCUAUUCAUCAACGAUCCGCGUUACGUUCUCCUUCCGAGUAUGAAGGAGAGGCGCGACGUGUAUGAAGAGUACUGUCGCACGGCCGGGCGCGCCAAGCGAACCAACAAGCCGGCAGAGCCAACAAAGAAGGCCGACCCCGAGAAGGAGUAUCGUGCGCUCAUGCGCGAGGAAGUUACGUCGACCAGGACACGAUUCGACGACUUCCGGCGCAAGUAUAAGAAGGACCGCCGCUUCUGGGCUUUCGGGCGCGACGAUAGGGAGCGCGAGAAAGCUUUCAAGGUGCACCUCCGCGAACUGGGUGAGCGGAAGCGCGCAGAUGCCGACCGUGCCGAGAAGGACUUCCUCGAGCUCCUCUCCGAGGCGGACGUCACGGCAGACUCUGAAUGGUCGAGUGUGAAGAAGGGGAUCUCAAGCGACCCUCGGUAUGACGCUGUAGGAUCGAGUUCCCUCCGCGCCGAGCUGUUCAACACGUACCUCAAGAAGCUUGCUGCAGGGGAGCCAGAGGAUGCCGAUGCGCGUCGCGCUCGCGAGAAGAAGGAGCGGCAAGAGGCGUCUUUGGCGCAGCGCCAGAACGCUGUGCGCGCUCACCAAGCCGUGAUUGGCGAGGAGGCAAGCAAGGCUCGACGCUCUGCGGGGCGGGAGGAAGGCGAGCGGCUCUUCGGCUCCCUCCUCGUCGACGUCGUCCGCUCAGACACGACCUGGGAGGAGAUCUUACCUGUGCUGCAGCAGGACGGGCGCUACUCUCACCCAGCAUUGCGAGAGGGCGACAAGCGACGAGUCUUUGAGGCACACAUCGAGCGUAUUCGCGAGACCAAAGCCGACGCUCUGUCCUCUCUCUUCAACCAGCACUCGAACUUGGAGACAGAGUUUGGUGACAUCUACGACAAGAUUGCCGAAGAUCCGCUUGUGCAGCGUCUCGGUCUUGGCCCCGGUGCACUGGAAGAGAGGUUCAACGGUUGGAAGCGGACGCGCGAGAUCUCCGCCCGCGCCGAGUUCUACGACUUACUGCGCGAGAACAACUUUGUUGAGUUCUGGGGCCGCAUGCGCAACAAGGUGCUUGACGAGGCGGCGGCCAAGGUUAAGCAGGAUGAAGACGACGUCGAGGAGGGCAUGGACAUAGCGGCGCUCGCAAAGCGAGUCGACCUGGCCGAGAUCAAGACUAUUCUCCGUCGCGACAGGCGAUACCGGCAGUUCGACCACAUCGCUGAAGAGCGCGAACAGUGGUUGAGGGAAUAUCUUGAGAACCUCGAGGGGUCAAAGGGCACCGAGACGAUCCACAAGAUCGGAUAA